AUGGUUCGACCACCUGUUGCAGUUCGUGAGGCGGUUCAAGCCUAUCAACCCUCUGCGGGCUACACGCUUAAACCACCUACUGUCACAGAGAAGUCAUUCAUUUUUGAGUGGGGUGUACGCGUAGAGUAUAUCGACAAUGAUGAAGUGAAAACUGGCUGGGUAUGUCUUGCCGACGAGGCGUGUCGACAGGCAGGUGUGAAGUUGGUGUUGUCACGAGCAAGAACAUCUAGAGCAACAGAGCAUUUACGAAAGGUGCAUCGAAUCUCGUCGAAGAAAACUGCGGCUGCAGUUGAAGGAAAACGAAAGCGAGAGGAAACGGUUGAACGGCUGCUCUCGUCGAAUUUGUAUCGAACAAACCCUCAACGCCUUCAUUUGCUGCUGGAAACCCUUCGCAUCGUGAACAAUAACUUGCCUUUCUGUAGCGGCGAGUACGAAGAAUCCCGAGUAAUCCGGCAGGUGGUGGUGAGAGAAGAGAUGCAGACUACGAUAAAUGCAGAGCGAAUUGCGAAGGCAAUUGUCGAGCUCUACAGCUCGACCAAAGCGGAGUUAAUUGACUUCUUAGAACGUAAUCGCUCCGAUUGCGCGAAUUUUGUGAUCAUGACAGACUUUUGGACUUGUCGUACAGCUCAUGGGAAAUAUUUAGGGUUGCGGCUUUAUCUCGUGGAUGAGUUUUGGCAAAUGCGAUCGGUGAUGCUUGGAACGCGAAAAUUUAGCCCAUCGUGUGGAGACCGCGACGUUGGAAUUCAAGGUCCAUUUUCGGCCGACGCUGGGCCUGAUGUCAAAAACUUGCUGGUCAACAAAUUGAAAUACAGGUGGGAAUGGUGUGUUGCGCACAUGGCCCAUGCAGCGACAAAGGAAGCAUGUGGAAUGAGAAAUGAUGCAAGUAAGUCGCUGAAUCCGGGCAUGACUAAGUUGAUUUCACGGAUUAAGAAGACUAUUUACCAGGUUCGCACCGUGGAAACUACUGGCAAUUUAUUUCAAGAGCUGUGUAGAACACAAACUGAAACUGGAACAACCCAACCUUUUGAUUACAAUCCAGCCCGAUUUUUGAGUCUGACGACAGCAAUUAGAAGGAUUCUGGAUAAAUGGACUGCGAUAGUUGCCUGGUAUGAUGAAAGGGCACGAAAAGCACUUCGCGAAAGCCAAGUUCCCCCUACUUUUCCACUACAAGACGAUCAGCUAGAUUUGGUUCAUCUACUCUCAUUGCUACGGCCGAUUGCGGGUGUUAAGCGUAUGUGUCAAGCUGAAGAACCAAACCAAGUAAAUGUGCUGCAUGCACUUUAUUUGAUAAGGUUUAACACGCUUGAUCUAGACAAGCCUCUCAAACACUACAUGUCGACCAAAGAAAACCCGAAGUUUAUUGCCAAAAAUGAGUUGACGGACCUGGCUCAAUUUACUCGAGAACGCCUUCGAAAGGCGCUCGAUUCACGAUUUUUUUCGAGAUAUUACAAGACGAGUGAGACUCAAUCAGCUGCAUUUGUGUUUGAGAUGCAAUCUCGGCUUCACCCGACAUACAAAAGGCCUGAUAAAUCCUUAAACCGUGUGGUAAAGCUAUGCUGUAUCGACAAUGGUCACAUGGUGACGCGGAAAUCUACACGUCAUACACUCAGAUGGGUUAGUCAAAACCCCUUAGCCACACUUGCUGCCACGAAAUGA